AUGAGUGACAAAAAAACUGGACAUAGACCCCAGCUGAAAGAAAGAGAGAACCAAAGUAAGUUUGAACGUUCAGUACAUUCUAAUAAUGCCGGUAAUACUCGUAAUCAAACAAAAGAUAAGAAAUUGAGAGCUGGCUUGAGAAAAAUAGACGAUCAAUAUAAAAAGGCGAUAUCUUCAGCAGCGGCCACUGAUUACCUUCUACCAGAGUCUAAUGGUUACUUGGAACCUGAGAAUGAGUUAGAAAAGACUUUCAAGGUACAACAAUCGGAAAUUAAAUCGAGCGUCGACGUCACUACUGCAAACAAAGCAUUGGACUUAUCGUUGAAGGAAUUCGGUCCUUACAGUAUAAACUAUGCAAAAAAUGGUACGCAUCUAUUGAUCACAGGCCGUAAAGGUCAUGUAGCAUCUAUGGACUGGAGAAAGGGUCAACUUCGUGCCGAAUUGUUCUUAAAUGAAACCUGUCACUCAGCAACGUACUUGCAAAAUGAACAAUACUUUGCUGUGGCACAAAAAAAAUACACAUUCAUCUAUGACCAUGAAGGUACAGAACUACAUCGUUUGAAACAGCAUAUUGACGCAAGACAUCUAGAAUUUUUACCAUAUCACUACCUACUAGCAACUGCCGGUGAAACAGGCUGGUUGAAGUAUCAUGAUGUCUCCACAGGCCAACUGAUUUCAGAACUAAGAACUAAAGCUGGUCCUACUACAGCGAUGACGCAAAAUCCAUGGAAUGCCGUGAUGCAUUUGGGCCAUUCGAACGGUACAGUAUCCCUAUGGUCACCUUCCAUGCCCGAACCAUUAGUGAAAUUACUUUCCGCCAGAGGACCGGUGAACAGCAUUGCCAUCGAUAGAAGCGGAUAUUAUAUGGUCACCACAGGCGCCGAUAGAUCAAUGAAAAUUUGGGAUAUUAGAAACUUUAAACAAUUACAUUCUAUUGAAAACUUACCAACACCAGGUACAAACGUUUCAAUAUCAGAUACUGGUCUACUAGCAUUGUCUAGGGGUCCUCACGUUACUUUAUGGAAGGACGCUCUAAAACUAAGUAAAGACAGUAAGCCAUGCUUUGGAUCUAUGGGAGGGGAUCCACAUAGAAACACCCCUUAUAUGUCACAUUUAUUUGCCGGCAAUAAGGUAGAAAAUUUGGGAUUUGUACCAUUUGAAGAUUUAUUGGGUGUAGGUCAUCGAACAGGUGUUACAAAUUUGAUUGUACCAGGUGCAGGUGAAGCUAAUUACGAUGCUCUAGAACUAAAUCCAUUCGAAACAAAGAAACAAAGACAGGAACAAGAAGUGAGAUCCUUAUUAAACAAGCUACCAGCAGAUACCAUUACUUUAGAUCCACAUUCCAUAGGUUCGGUAGAUAAAAGGUCUUCUGCCGUAAGGUUGAAUGCUAAGGAUUUGGCCCAAGUAACAAUGGAUUCUAAUAAUAAAGUCAAAACUAAUAGUGACAUUCCAGAUGUAAAGCCAGAUGUGAAGGGUAAGAAUUCAGGUCUACGCUCCUUUUUACGUAAAAAGACUCAAAAUGUUAUUGAUGAAAGAAAAUUAAGAGUACAAAAACAGCUGCAUAAAGAGAAAAAUAUUCGUAAAAGAAAUCAUCAAAUUAAAGAAGGUGUGAUUUCAGAAGAUCACAAGGAUGUCAUUGAAGAGGCAUUAAGUAGAUUCGCCUAA